AUGAUUAUUGGUUCUCUUAACAUUAGAGGUGGAGGGAAUAUUUCUAAGAGGAGGAGAAUUAUCAAGAUUAUUACUUCAGGUAAAGCUGAAGUUUUUUUUAUUCAGGAAUCUAAAGUGAAGUCUAUUGACAUUGUUGUUAUUAAGAUUCUUUGGAACUGCUGUGACAUUGGAUGGUCUUAUAGUAAAGCUCAUGGAUUUUCUAGGGUUAUUAUUACAAUAUGGAAGGAACAGUUUGUUCAAACCAGCUUCUCUUUUUCUGGAAAGAUGUAUCAUGGAACAAAAGUGGAGUGGAAUUCAGACAUUUUUCAUCUGGUUAACAUUUAUUCAACAUGUGAUAUUCUGUCAAAGAGGAAGUUGUGGAAAGAAUCAAUCGAGUUUAAGAAUAAAUUUACAAAUGGAGCUUGGAUCAUGGGAGGGUACUUCAAUGCAAUUUCCAAAAGCUCUGAGAGGAAGGGACGAAGUCUAUCUAAUAGAAUUUCAGAAACUAGGGAAUUUGAAGCUUUCAUUUUUUAG